GGCUCUGCCGAAGCCAUUCGUGUGUGCGUCAGUAGUGCCGGCAAGCUGUGGCAGUGCCGUAACCCUAUACCCCUGAACUCUACCACCAUGACAAGGGACGAGAACACUGAGCAGCCGGUGCCAGGCUCGAAGAAAAGGCGUUUACAGGGCUCGUGCGACAUUUGCAGGCAGCGGAAGAUACGAUGCGAUAGCGCAAAAAUGCCUGGCGGCAAAUGCUCGAACUGUAUAGCGUUCAAUUCUGAGUGCACGCAUGUAGCUGCAACGACAAAGAAGACCAGACGACGAAGGACCAAAGGAAAUGGUACUAAUGUAUCCCCGAGAGACGAUCUCCAAGUUCAUAUCAAUGCUAUCCUUUCCACAUCCACAAAUUAUGUUGUUCCCAAUGAUCCUACUCUCGUGCGCAGCAUCCUUGUUGAUUUGGCGCGGUACGUACGCCAACUUGAAGCAGAACUUGCUGCAACACGACAAGAUUACUCUCGCAGUCCAUCUAGCUCGACAUCCCCCAAAGGCACCGAGUCCAAAUCUGAUUUUGACGAAGAUGAUGAUGAUGAUGAAGACGACUGCAUUUAUCUCACCGAACCGUUGAAUCGAAUCACCGUCAGUCAAAGUCGCACGCGUCAUUACGGUAAAUCAAGCGGGAUCAUGCUCGUAAAAACAGCCAUUGACUUGAAAAGUGCAACUUCUUCCACUUCGACGUUUCUUGAUAACCGACGACCAGCGUUCUGGAAGGUCCAUCCGUGGCAACAGCCGACUACCGGCCCUUCACCUCCCUUGGUCUUCCCUCCACCGGACCUCAUUGAUGACCUCGUCGACCUUUUCCUGUCUACCACUAACCGCUGCGUAUGUAUUAUACACGGUCCCUCUUUCAAGCGCUCCGUCUCUUCAGGGUUGCACCAUACUUCCACCACGUUCGGUAAACUCCUUCUAGCUGUAUGUGCUCUUGCAUCUCGUUCUUCGAACGAUCCACGGGUAGGAGAAGGGCACAGCGCUGGUUGGCAAUGGUACCUACAGAUCCGGAUCAACCCUCCAAAUGCCUACUCCUCACCGCCAACGAUCUGGGAUCUUCAAGUUCUACCGCUCAUGACUCUCUUCUUGUAUGGUUCGUCCACACCGGAGCCUAUCUGGCUCUUGGCAGGUGUUGGCAUUCGUAUGGCUCAGGAUGUCGGGGCGCAUCGGAAACGAAUUGUCAAGGAGUGGGGAGCGCAGGACGAGCUAUGGAAGCGAGCUUUUUGGGCGUUGGUGAUGAUUGACACUUUCGUUAGUGCCAUGGGCGGGAGGCCUAGGGCGAUGCAUUCUGAGCAGUUUGAUGUGGAUUAUCCCUUGGAAGUUGAUGACGAAUACUGGCCUGGAGAGGAAUUAGCCGAUCCUGCAAACCCGUGGACUCAACCGAGAAACAAAUUGGCGAUACCAACUGCUUGGGUCAUGCACUUAAAACUGCUUGAUGUUUUGAAUACUGCCCAGAUGACGAUUUACUCUGUCAAACGCCCCAAACAAUGGGAAGCGAUUCCCACUACGGAAUGGGAGCAAAACAUGGUCAUUGAACUCGAUUCUGCACUGAAUAGCUGGAUUGAUCAACUUCCCGAUCAUCUGAGAUGGGACCCCCAGAAUAUGAGUGACACAUUUCGGUGUCAGUCCGCCCCGUUGUAUGCAUCAUAUUACUGGAUUCAGAUGCUUGUGCAUCGUCCAUUCAUGCCACGAAUUCGCGGGCUGGGUAAAGGGAAAUCAAAUGGAAACUUUCCUUCCCUUGCUAUCUGCACCAAUGCAGCGCGGUCUUGUUGUCAUAUGGUAGAAGCGUUUUGCAAGAAGGGUGGUGUACCAGGGAUGCCAAACACUUUGAGUGCGACGUAUCAAUCUGCCGUUGUGCUGCUCCUUCAUGUGUGGAGCGGAAAGCGCCUUGGCUUAUCCACCAAUCCCGUACGUGAGAUGGAGGAUGUCCGCAGAUGCAUGGCGGUGCUGAGCAUGUACGAGACCCGGUAUCAGGCAGCUGGGCGACACCAUGACAUUAUUCGUGAACUUUCUGAAUUUGACGUUCCCGUCAUAUGCACCGAUGUAGGAACAAGUGAGACGAGGAAACGAUCAAGAGAAGAGACUGGAGACGAUGGUGACUUUGGAGGUGAACCGUUCAACACGAUAAUGAAUGGAGCGGAAUGGGCGUUUCCGAUGGAUGCUGCGGAGGUGAUGGAGAGCCGGCAAAGACAUGAACCUCACUCGUAUGCGCUAGACGAUUAUAUAUUAGGCGCCGGCUUUGAGGGGAUAGAUGCCUUGGGAACGGGAGACAAUAUGAAUGGGGAGUUAUCUCUGAUGCCAGACGCAGAUUAUGGAUGGCAGAACUUGGAGGCGUAUCUGCCCAAUAUCGACUCAUUCAUUGCCAGCCAGGCAAGCAUUUAGAUAUCCGUAUACCAUAACCAAUACCAACCUUUGUAGCCAAUGUCAUGUUCUUAUCCAUUGCCUUAAUAUCUAUAUAUUUUAUUGAGGAAUUAGUACAAUGAAUUUUCGUUGAG